CCUCCCUCCCGUUUAGAUGAAGAUUUUCGGGCUGCUCUUAGUAGCCGUUGGUGCGAUGUCCGUGGCCGACGGAGCCAACAUCCUGGGCGUUUUCCCCAUAAACGGCCGCAGCCACUGGGCCGUGUACGAGAGCGUGUUGAAGGCUUUGGUGGCGCGCGGCCACAACGUGACGGUCAUCACUGCGUUUCCGGAGAAGACACCGCUGUCCAACUACACUGUCAUCGACGUGUCCAAAACGUUCCCGUCCGCGGUAAACCAGAUUGGCAUCGAUAUAGUGCUCAACUACUUGUCCAGCGUGUUCAUCAGCCAGUGGUACAUUUCCGACCUCCAGAUGAAGUUGUGCCGAGAAAGUCAGAAGCUGCCGGAAGUCCAAGCGCUGCUCAAGAGUGGCAUCAAAUUCGACGCGGUCUUCACCGAAAUCUUUGGAGCUGAUUGCGAUGUCGGUUAUGCAUAUCAUUUUAAGGCACCACUUUUGUCCAUUAUGUCCAGCUCACAUCUACCAUGGAGCUACGACCGUGUGGGUGGCCCUGACAACCCAUCCUACAUACCAACGAUCGUGACUAGAGCGGUGGGAAAGAUGAACUUCCAAAUGCGUAUGAUCAACACCUUGUAUUACAUUUACUUCAAAUUGGCAUGGAUAUAUUACAGCGACUGGCCAGCCGACAAGUUGCUGAAGGAAAACUUCGGACCGGACGCACCAUACAUAAACGAUAUAGUGUACAACACGUCCAUGGUGUUCGUGAACGGACACUUUUCGAUGGACGGGCCCCGACCUCUGGUACCAAAUAUGGUGGAAAUCGGUGGUAUACACAUCAAGCCUCCGAAGCCCUUGCCCAAGGACAUAUUGAAGUUUAUCGAAGAU